AUGGUCCAAGUGCAUCCUCCUCUCAAUCCUCUCCCCCACAAAGUCCGGCCCUCGGCUUAUCGCUGCAGCCCGCUCACCUCUCGACACACUAUUUCAUCACAAGAACUCUCCUUUAGCCUAGCCAAACGCAAUAAUGCUCUGGAACGUGUAGCCAUUCGCAACCUCACGUCUCAGUUUCCGGCACUAUCCCACCGUUUAUCGCUCUCAAACAUUCACUCGACUACUGUCACACCUGUCCUUACUGGUUUAUCCGUACCAGCCGAGCCUUCGACUCAACCAACUCCAUCUACUCCCCUUACUCCCCUUGAGGUUGAUCAGAGCUUACUAUUUGAAACCAAACCGAAAACGGGUAUUUUUAACAAUACGACUAAAUCUGCCGAACUGCUUGAUAUGACCCUAGCGGCGCUUCACUCCAUCUACAUUGAAGAUUUCAGCCAGGAUUCUGGGAUUUUGUACCCAACUCCCGCUACACAGGCUGAUGUCGAGGCUAUUAUGCCUGAAGUUGGCGCAUACAGGGACUGUUCCAGCCCCGACUUGACAGAUGCGUCAAGUGUCUCAAGCACAAGCUCCACACCCUAUUCGGUCUACACACCACCCCCGAUGUCCCUGGAGACCGAGCCCGAGAUCGUGUACCCGAGCCGCGGAGGCACACCCAAGUACCACAUCGCCUCUUGUUCUGCGCACGCAAUCAAGGCGAAGUUGCAAUCGAUCGGGCGUACCCAGUCGCUUCCUAGCAACUAUCAGUACCAAACUCAAGCUACGGCACCUCGACCGAUUUUGGAGGACAAGUCACUGCGUUGGUUCCUCACCGAACUGCUCCGCCGUUCCCGUGCAUCCGCCUCGGUUGUUCAGUUGGCACUUUACUAUCUCAAACAAGCUCGCCAGCCCAUCGGAGAGAUCCUGAACCGGAAAUUCAAGUCUAUCAGAGUCAGUGGGGAAGAUGGUGUUGGCCCCGACACCGACUCGCCAUUGGUGGAUCCACGCAAGUUGGUUCUCGCUGCUAUAAUGCUCUCGACUAAGAUUCUGCAUGAUCAUGCCCCAAACAGUCGUGCUUGGUCUCGCGUCUGUGGUUUGGAGGCACGUCAGGUGAGUGCCUGCGAGAGCGCACUCGGACAGGCACUUAACUGGGAACUCAUGCAUACUAUCGUCGGCCCACGCGAUGAUUCAGUCCUAUUCGAGUAG